UUAUGAUAUUUGUCUUUGCCCUAGCACAGUAGUCUGUAUAGACAUUUUAAGGAAUCUCACAGAUUAUAUCAUUGCUAUUUAAUAGCUUUAUAAGAAAUAUAAACCAGCCUUGAGCCUUGCCUGACCACGACUGGUUGUCCUUUAUGCGGAUUAAGUCUUUUAUUGGUCUAUUUUUGUAUGUGGCUUUUUGACAAGAGGCUAAAUUGACGUGACGUACGGAAUGAUAGGGCUGCAGUAUGGCCUGACGAUUUGACCUCGCAGGACGAUCACCGGGUCAACACAUCUCUCGUUUGUUGUCCAUUAUCCCCAAAAAAGGUAAAGACAAAACUAGAGCAGCUACAAGGAGCUUCUUUAUACCGGAAGUGGUCCUGCGAGGUCGUCAUGGGAAGCAAAGUCAGCUCCAAAAUGGCAGCACCCGCAGCCCGAGUUAUCCAGGCUGUUCGGCCUCACGCUCCUUUGAUCAAGUUCCCCAAAAGACAAGACGUAGCAAGGCCCAAUGUUCAAGAGGCAUUGAAAACGUUAGCAGUAAACGUCUCACCACACAACGCACCAGCGCCGCCUCCUUUAUCAAGACCUCAUGUACCUUUGACCCCCGUUUCUGGCACGCCAGACACUCUCGCCUCUGUUCAGCUACUACCUGCAAGGUACCGAAGGAGACCGAUGGCGGUGGAUGAAAUGGACUACAUCCAGCGUGGUGGACCAGAGUGACGUGAAGCGACUCAAUCACUUCAACCAAAGUCCUUGUCUGUUGGAGAUCAGUGUCUUUAACUCUGUUCCUCAGCACAAGAGAUUAUAUUGCCACAUGGGACAUGAUGUAGAAUAAAGUAUUGCAUAAAGCCCAUUAAAAUGUACAUAUGUUUAUUUUUUUUGAUGUAAUUGUAUUUUAAGUCCAUACUAAAGGGAUAUCUUCAGCAAGCUCUAACAAUAGCGUCUAGUGUUUUCUUAUUUACUAUUCCUUACAGGUUUGUUUUUGUUAAACCUUGUUUCAACAUUACACCAGCUUAACCCAACAUAAGAUGGUUUUAAUGUAGUCAUAUUCGGAGCUUCACUGCAACACCACAACAUCUAAAUCAAAGCAUGAGGCUCAGUUACAUAGAAAAUGAUGUGGAAGUUUCUUUGCUUUUUCAUGCCUUUCACUAACUGAUCUGUUUGUUGGAACUAAACCAAGCUGAAGUGAUGCUGGAUAUCAA